AUAUUGCACAGACUUUGGAAGACGUAAUACAGGAUCCAUCAGACUCGAAGGAUAUGGAGACCAGUAUUUCACUCCAGACCAAUGAUACAGUCGAGCUAGCGAUGGUUGCGACUACAGAUGUUAUUUCAACUACCUGUAAAGAUCCGGAAAGCGUGGAAAUGUGUGAUGCUCAAGUACCAGAUAUCGAACAGCCAGCAAUGGAAAGUGGCAUAGAAGGAGAAAUUAAAGUCGUCGAAGCAUCAAACAUGCCGGCCUCGGAAAACCUGCAUGAGCAUUGUACGAUGCAGGAAUCAAUCGAACCGAUGGAGACAGACGAUGCGCAAAACAGCGCUCAUGCCAAAUGUAGUAAUCCAGUAUGCGACAGCAUGUCACGAGAAAUGUUGCUGGCUCCAUUGUUUGCAUUGAACGUCUACGAAAUUCGAAGGAAGAAAAAGCCGAUGUUCAUGUGCAGACCAUGUUUCGACGUGGCUAUUCACCAAUUUGAGAUCCAGGCAAGUUUACUGGCCGAUGGGCGGCCGUUGUACUCAAUAGACGUGCCCCGUCUCAAUGAGCUGGUGGAAAUUUGUGACAGCAGCGAUGAAGAAACUGAAUCGCAGUCGGAUGGUGAACAAAAUGGCACGGCAUUACCGGCGGAUAUUGUAGCACUAGUUGAGGCAGAACUAGCGGAUGUUUUACAGUCGUCAUUCAAAAAAUACAAUUUGGAGCAGCAAAUCGAAUGGUCCUUGGCAAUGAAUAACAAGAAGCUUUGUCGCCUAGAAGAAGAGUUUCAGAAAUUUUCUUCAGAAGCAGCAGCUUUACGUAAAGGUUUUGAUACGAUUCAAAAUACAAUGACCGCCUGUGUCAAUAUUGUUGAAACCAAGUUGCCAGAAAUUAACAUCGUCGAUGUAGAUCAAUUUUCCAAGCUACACAUAUCGACCCAUGGUCACAAACCUGGAACCACAGGUGAAGUGGAGAGGAAACCAAUUCAAGUCAACAAUAUCUACUUCGGUCUCCAGGGCUCGCUAAUGGGCAGCUGGAUGGAAUGUAAGGUCGUCCAGGAAGUGUUGGAUGUAACGACGAACGAGAAGAAGGGAUACCUGGUGCAGUUUCUAAAGGGAGAAGGAACACGGGUGGUACUCAGCGCAAAACAGCUGGCCUACAGCACCUCAACAAGUAUUAAAAUACCCCAGGGUAAUAGGAUCAUCGCGAAAACUUGCCGAAGGGAGGAGGAUUUAGACGUAGAGCAUGAUGAAACCGCCUUCUACGCGGGUUUUGUAGCGGAAUCGCUCCAUCAGUACAACGCACAUCGGUACCUGGUCAUUUUUGACAACGGCAGGACAUGCUACGCCCAAUCCUGGAACGUGCGGUUGGUCUGCGAACAGUCGGAGCACGUCUGGGAGGACAUGGAUCCGCAUGUGCAGGAGUUCGUGCGCGAUUACAUGAACGACUACAAACUGUACCGCCCGAUGGUGCAGGUGCGGAAGGACCAGCGGCUGAUGACGGAACGGGGUGGAAAGUGGCGCCGGACGGUCGUGCUCGAGGUCGAUUGCAGCUUGGUAAAGCUUUUGUACACCGAGUUGAACAAAGUGGAAUGGAUGUUCCGUGGCUCGAAACGGCUCGGACCAAUGUACAAAGGGCGAAAGAGAGACUGGCAGCAAAUUUCGAAGUUCCAAAAACGUAACAUUCCCUCCAUCGAGUAUAUUACCAUCGAUGAUGAUGAUGAAGAUGAGGAUGCCGGUGAUGAUGCCAUGGAGAAUGCCGCAAAUAAUGUCCAAAACACGGGAGCGGAAAGCGAUGUUGGUAAAUCACCUACCGUUGUUCCAACAUCGCCCGUUGCCUCACCAGCGAAAGGUGGAGGUGUUGGAGUUGAUUCACCACCGGACAGCAAAGCUGGUCUCGCACACUUGACCAGCGUCCUUACGCCAGGGGUUUCGGGAAAGAAGGACGUACCUGGAACUGGACGAAUGCCUGCUAGAACACCGCAUAAACCGAUCAUGAUGAACAAGAACAUUAUCUAUUGUGACGAUCGACCGCAGGGGAAGACGUACAUGUACACGACGAAAAACUACCGCGGCCCGGAUAAGUACCUUCCCCACGAGUGCAAUCCAAAAUGUUUGUUCCCGCUAACGUUCGACCUAAAGACGUACAAUCUGCUCGCGCGGCCCCUCAUCUGCGGCUGGGAACGGCAAAUUUGCAAAGCACCCGGCAAGCGGUCGAAAGCGGUCGUGUACCGUGCCCCGUGUGGUCGCCGGUUGCGCUACAUCUACGAGCUGCAUUCCUACCUUCGCAUGACGAAGUCGGACUUGAACGUGGAACACUUUGACUUCGAUCCGGAGAUUCGUGCACUCGCGACGUUCAAAGCACUCAAUCCCAUUUUCGAACUGCGCGACCUGUCGUGCGGCAAAGAGCAGAUGCCGGUUUCGUGCGUGAACUGCUUCGACGACACGAAGCCCCCGCCGUGUGAAUACUCCGCCCAGCGCAUUCCGACGGAGGGGGUAUUUUUGAACCUGGACGAAGGCUUCCUCUCCUGUUGCGACUGCGAGGACGACUGCUUCGACAAGAAUCGCUGCCAGUGCUGGCAGCUGACGGUCCAGGGCGCCCUGGCCAACAACGUGACCACGGACGUGGAAAACAUCGGUUACGUCUACAAGCGCCUGGAUGAUGUGCUGCGGAGCGGCAUCUUCGAGUGCAAUUCGCGCUGCAGGUGCAAGGUGAACGAGUGUCUGAACCGGGUCGUGCAGCAUCCACUGCAGACGAAGCUGCAGGUGUUCAAGACGAGCGACCGGGGCUGGGGCAUUCGCAGCCUGAACGACAUCCCGAACGGGAGCUUCGUCUGCAUCUACGCCGGCUUGCUGCUGACGGAGGAGGCCAGCAACUUGAUUUGCAAACAGGACCCAACGGGCGAUGAGUACUUUGCCGAGCUGGACUACAUCGAAACGGUCGAGCACGAAAAGGAGGGCUACGAGAGUGACGCGCUCGAAACGUCCGAUUCCGAUUCGGAGACCGAAUCCGAACCGGAGACGUUCUUCAACACCAAAACCAAGAGCAGACCAUCGCCCAGGGCCGUCAACACGCGUUCCACGUCGAAAAAGAAUAAAUCGGGCCACGUUAAGGACAACAAAAAGUCAGGAGCAGGUCGGGAAGCUAAAUCACCCGUCUCUUCUAAGCCCAAACGACUUCGUCAACUUUACGGUAAACACGAACAAAUUUAUGUUAUGGACGCUAAAAAAACUGGGAAUUUGGGACGCUACUUUAAUGUAAGUAUACGCGACAUUUCCAACAUUCGGAGUAGUUUGGCUUACUAUCACUAUUUUCUUAACUUUGUUUUUGUGUGUGUUUUUUUCUCUAACGCCAGCACUCCUGUGUGCCAAAUCUGGUGGUGCAGAACGUGUUUGUCGAUACGCACGAUCCCCGCUUUCCUUGGGUGGCUUUCUUCGCCAAAGCCAAUAUUAAGGCGGGCGAGGAGCUCACUUGGAAUUAUGCCUACGACGUGGGUUCCGUGCCGGGUAAGGUUCUGUUUUGCAAUUGCGGUGCACGGGAGUGUCGCAAACGGAUACUGUAGGCUACUACGUGGAUAUAAUUUUGAAAAAUAAACGUAUGAACUCAA